AUGUUCGCGAGCUGCGCGUCUGACAGCGCAUUGAAGGAGACCGCGGAAAGCAGCAUAUUGAGGUAGACGAUGAAGAGACUAGCAGAACAUAUACCCCUCUUGCGCGUCGCCGUCGAAGUCCUGAGUCUUCUCUGCAAUUCGUACUCUUUACCCUCCUUCGAUGUCCAGUUGCCGGGAGCGCUCUCCUCGUGCGUCCGCUAUAGCAGCGAGAGGGGUUUGAACCGAUUUCGAGGCUAACAAGAACUUGCAGCGUCGCCGACAGUCGCUAGCGCUGACAUGGGACAAGUCAUUCCGCCGGUGUGAAUGGUAGAAUCCGGACUAGAUUGGCGCCAUUGCUGGAGCGACACAUGAGAGCUGUGCUGAAUGUUUUUGCUGGCAAUUAGAUGUACGCAGAAGAGCCUCGUAGUUCGCUGCCAGGGAGAGAGGACGAGCGCCUCUUCUGGACGGCUGAGUCGGCGUCUGAAGAGGAAGGCGUGCGGAAGGCACGCCACAAAAUGCAAACUUGAUUUCUUUCCGCCAUCAUCCGACAUCGCCGGAAUCGCUGCUCGCCUGAAUCAGAGCAGCGCUGAGCUGAGCGCUGAGCGAGGGAGACCGUCCGUCGUUGUGAUCGUCGAUGCUCGGGUGCCACAACGUCUAGCUAUCGUCACUCUCACACACAUCCACGGGUAUGCGGCUUACGGUCGAUCGGGCGACAUCCGUGUCCACGGCCCCAGCAUCCCCUCAUGUGGGCACAAUUGUGCAGACGUAAAUCAAUUUAGCUCUAGCCCUUCGACCGCAAGGAUUCACUCUGCCAGCGAGCUGCUAGGAGCGUAUGCACAGCGCUGAGACUGAGACCUGAUUAUGUACGGCGAAACGCAUAGAAGACGGUCUCGGGCAGGGAGAGUAGGGGUAGGGUUGUGCCGACCCAAGGCGCCCGUGUCGGGCGGGACUCCUGAUGGCUUCCGACUCGAUGCUCACCAGCAGUGUCUUGUCGACGCUCUCGACUUCGCCAGUGAUACCGUGAGCCACACUCGGUCCGCGUCCGAUACAGAUAGGAUUGGAGGC